CUUCAGCAUCUACCCUGAGUGAGAGAGAGAUUAUAUAUAAUACAUAACACAUAUGGUACCUACGCGUAAAUACAGGCAUACAUAUAUGUCUGUAUGUACAUAUGUAUAGGUACAUAUGUGUGGAUUGCUUAUAAUCCAUAUGUUUAUAUAGAGCUUUGAGAAUUUACAAAUUAUACACAGAAUGAUUAAAUCCAUUCGACAACUUCGAUACAUCCCACAAACAAAAUAAUAAAGGGGAAAAAACCCAGAUCAAAGAGAGCACCCCAGUGGGAUUCCACUUACAUUUAUAACUCAGAACAGGCCAGGCUGAUGUCUGGUGUGAGAAGUCAGGAACUCUCAGGAUGGGCAGUGACUGGCUGGGAACACCGGGACUCUGGGGCUGGCCCUGUUCUGUUUCUUGGUCUGGGCGCUGGUUACAUGGUGUGUUUACUUUGUGGGAAUUCAUGGAGCUGAACACUUAGGAUUUAUGUACUUUGAAGUAUUACCUUUUAAUAAAAAGUUUAAAAAUAAGAUAUAGGGGCAGGUGCUGUGGCACAUACACCUAUAAUCCCAGCACUUUCAGAAGUCGAGGUGGGUAAAUCACUUGAGCUCAGAAGUUUGAGACCAGCCUGGCCAACAUAGUGAAACCCCCUUCUCUACUAGAAAAGAAAAAAAAAUACAAAAAUUAGUCAGGCAUGGUCACGCACUCCUGUAGUCCCCGCUAUUUAGGAGGCUGAGGUGGGAGGAUGGCUUGAUCCUGGGAGGUGGAGGCUGCAGUGAGCUAUGAUGGAGCCAUGACACUCCAGCCUGGGCAAUAGAUUAAGACCCUGUCUCAAAAAAAAAAAAUAUAUAUAUAUAUAUACACACACACACAUAUAGUACUCUAACAUAUAGGAAUAUGGGUGAGUGACCAAUGAGAUCAGUAUUUUAGAGGUGAGAUAGAAAAUUUAAGCCACCAGGCAAACUGCCCUGGGUCCCCUGACACCAGACCCCAUCCACGCCAGUAACACUGUUCUGCUUCUAUGAAAAUGGGACGUGUUGUGAGCAAGUUGUGUGCAUUCAUGUACACACACACAGAGUUAGAGACAAGACAGAUUAACAGGGAAAAAAAAACACCCUGGCUUGGGCUACCUCCUAGCCUUUGCCUAAACUAUUCCUUUCAUCUAAAACCUACUUAUGUCCCCCCUUGUCCUCCCCCAACAUAUUCAAAAUCUAGCCCCCUUGUGCUGGCCAAGUACAAAGGGCAUAUCUGCAGACUGGAAUAGUAUACAGCCAUGAAAAGCUGUCCCUAAGGUGUUGGCAGAAAAUGAAAUAAGACUCAAUGUGCCGUAUAUGAAGGCUUGCCAGGAUGUGGUGGCUCAUGAACAAAGCCACAGUGAGGAACAGCGUGUCCGCUCUGCCCCAUCUGUUUUUAAAAAUGCACGAAGAUGGAAUAUGUAUAUGUUUGCAUAGGAUUUUUUGGAACUUUCUGGAAGGAUACACAAGGUAACACAAAAAACCAUUAUGAAAGUUGCCUUUGGAGAGAAGAAGAGGUGGAAAGGCUGAGGGAGCUUUCUUCCUAUUGUACGUUCUUCUGCACUGGUUCAAUUUUUUUUUUUUUUUUUUUUUUUUACCAUGUCUUCAAUUUAAAGACAGUCUCCAUGCAGAGCGAGGUCACAUCCUCCAAGCCCCGGCUUAAUCUAGACUUGACUCACAGAACCGCACAAACACUACGGAAGCUGCUUUGAUGACUGUGGGCACCGUCACCUCCAGUCCUUUGCCCAGGCUGCGCCCUCUGCCAAAUGCCUGCUCCUUCAGGUCUGCCAGAUAGACCAUUCCCCAAAACUCAAUCAGCGUUCUCAGCUGGGAGGUGCUUCCUUAAUGCCAGCCCUCCCAGACCAGGGUAGGCAUCACCCCCCACCCCCACUUCUAUGUCCCCCAUCAUCACCGUUGCUAGGUGUCUGAAUAGAAAUCCACCACCAAAUGUAACCUGAGAGCGACGCCCUCAAGGGAAGGCCUCAAGUCUCCUGUGUCUCCUCAUGCUCAUAUGGUCGGCUGAAUAAAGGUCCCCAAAGACACCAGGCCCUGCUCCCUGGAAUCCGAAAUCCGAAAAGAAAAAGGGUCUUUGCAGACGUGAUUAAGGAUCUUUACACAGGGAGACAAUCCUGCAUUAUCUGGGUGGGCCCUAAAUCCAGUCACAAGUGUCUGAGAAGAGGGAGAUUACAGACACACACACGCACACACACACGAACACAAAAGCGCACGAACACACAGGCACACAGGCACACAGGCACACACAUGCACACGCACACACGCACGAACACACAGGCACACACGCACGCACACACACAUGCACACACACGCACACAAGAAAGUCAUGUGAAGAUGGAGGCAGAGAUGGCGUCUACAGACCAAGGAAUGACCAUGACCACCAGCAGCCACCGGAAGAGGGACUGGCAAGGAAGGAACCUCUGGAGCAGGGCUGAGGCUCUGCUGACCCCUUAAUUGCAGUCCAGUGAAACUGAUGCUGGGCUUCUGGCCCCAGAACUGUGAGAAAUUCAUUUCUGUUGGUUCAACCACCCCUCCCACCCCAGUUUGUGGUCAUUUGUUACGGCGGCCCCUGGAAACUUGGUAUCUGUCACUCUGCCAGGCACAUUCUGUAAAUGAAUGCCACCCCACGCCCAAGACCCCACAGUGGCCUCCACAGUGGCCUCCUCCCUGGCCUCAUUGCCUCCAAAUCCAUCCAUUCUCCAAACUGCAGCCCCCAAGAGGCUUUAUGAAAGACAGCUGUGGAUUCAGUUGCCUUUGUUCUCCAAGCCCCCAGGGGCUUCCCAGCACACUUGGGACCAAGUCCCAGCUCCCGACUCAACCUCCAAGGCCUGUGCCAACCGGGUACAGGUUACUGCUUCAAUUUAAUAAUUUAGAUAUAGGAUACAUUGGCCUCAUCUCAUCACCCCUGACUCUCCUUGUCCUUAUAUGCCAGCAAACUGCCUGCCUCCUCCUCACACCUUCCAAGCACAUUCCUCUCUUCAAACCAUUUCCUCCAACUGCAUUUGUCUCAUCCAGCAGAGCAGAGGGGGCAACCAGAGUGGACUCUGCAGUUCACGGGUUCAAAUCCCAGCUCUGGGGGCUUAAAUUCUCUCUGCCACUCACUUGCUGUAUGACCUUGGGCAAGCGUCAGUUUCUCCCUAUAGAACCUCCCUCCUGGGUCAUCCUGUGUCUACACCCAGGGCAGUGCCUACACCCAGGAUGGAGUCUACACCCAGAUGGCGUCUACACCCAGGGCAGUGCCUACACCCAGGAUGGCACCUACACCCAGGAUGGACUUUACACCCAGGAUGGCGCCAACACCCACGAUGGCACCUACCCCCAGGAUGGCGCGUACACUCAGGAUGGAGUCUACACCCAGAUGGCGUCUACGCCCAGAGCAGUGCCUCCAUCCAGGAUGGCGUCUAGCACAGUGCCACGAUCAUCAUUCGCACGUGCUGUUCCUCCGCAUGGAGGGCUCCCCACCCUCUUCUAUUGGCCAAAUCAUCCUUCAGUCCUCAGCUUAAAUGCCUCCCUCGGGAAGCUUUCCUGGACUAGUCGGGAUGUGUCUAGUACAGUUCUUCUUUUUUAGUACAGUUCUUCACCAUCCCACACUGAGGGCAGAGGCUGUGUCUUUCUCUGCCUGGCUGGGGGCGUGCACUGUCCUUCCUGCGUCCCUAAGUAGGUAGCUGCAAACUGCACGUGCUGCCGCCAAUGCCCUGCAGGGGGCACCAGGUCUCCAGGAACGGGUCCUGUUUGGGUGCCCCUGGGAACCAGUGGCAUCACCAAGGCAGAGGUGUUCAGUUGCUCCCCGGGAGCCUCAGGGCCUGAGACUGAGGGCAUGAGGGGCAGAAAGCAGGAAUGACCUUUGCAGCUAAAUUCAUGAAAAGUGAAAAUGAGCACUAAGCUGGCAUUCGAUGGAUAUGGAGACGAGGGCUUACGGAGGGACAGGAAAUUGGAUUUGUUCUCACCUGUGUCCCUGGAUCCUAGAACAGCAUGUGGCACACAGCAGAGACUCAGUAAAUAUUCUUUGGGUGGAAUGAAAGCUGUGAUGAAGAUGAGGAUGAUGGUGGUUUCCUGGGCACCCUUCUAAGUGCUUAACACACAUUCACUGGCUGUUCUGCAUCGUUAGGUUAGACACUCAGCAGAUGCAGAGGAAACCUAAGGGACUCCAGUCCAGCUGAGGCUCCAGAUACACAACGAGAAACCCACAAGCAACAGUGAAGUGUGGGAUUUGAUAACCUCGUCAUUUCUGGAUAAGACCAGCGCAAACAACUCACAGAGCUGCUAACAGGAGGAGACGUGCGGAAACAGCCACCCCGCAUGUGCAAGAGCACUGCCCUCAGAGGAUCACCUAAAGUCGCCUCCAGCCCUCCCCGGAAGGCACCACUGCUGUCCCCAUUGCACAGGUGAA